UAUUCGGAGUGUAGACUUGAUGUCAUUCCAUUUGGGUGCUUUGGCGAAGAAAGACCGGUUCGUUGGUGUUUUCCCUGCUGUUCUGUGAAAAUCCUGGGCGCAAAGUGAGGAGUUGGGCAACAGGAUGAAGUACCUUCUGCUACUUGGGCUGGGAAUGCUCCUGAUCACAGGACUUUCCCUGAUCCGAGCUGAUGAGGCCGAGGACGCGCCGGACGUGGACACGGUGGAGGAGAAUCUGGGGGCGAGCAAGCAGGGCUCGAGAACAGAUUCUGAGGCACUGAAGCGCGAGGAGGAGGCGAUAAAGCUGGACGGGCUCAACGUGGCGCAGAUGAAAGAGUUGCGAGACAAGUCGGAGAAGUUCGCCUUCCAGGCUGAGGUGAAUCGGAUGAUGAAGCUGAUCAUCAACUCUCUGUAUCGCAACAAGGAGAUCUUCCUGCGUGAGCUCAUCUCGAACGCCUCUGACGCCCUAGACAAGAUCAGGCUGCUGUCGCUGACGGAGCGCGGAGAGCUGGACACCAAUCCGGAUCUGCAGGUGAAGAUCAAGGCCGAUAAGGAGGCCGGAGUGCUUCACAUCAUCGACACGGGAAUUGGCAUGACCAGGAAUGAUUUGGUGAACAAUCUGGGCACAAUUGCCAAGUCCGGCACGGCGGACUUCCUCUCGAAGAUGCAGGAGACGAAGACGGAGGGCCAGGACGUGAAUGACAUGAUCGGGCAGUUCGGCGUGGGCUUCUACUCCGCCUUCCUCGUCGCCGAUCGCGUGGUGGUGACGACGAAGCACAACACGGACAAGCAGUACGUGUGGGAGAGCAACGCCGCGGAGUUCACGAUCGCCGAGGACCCGCGCGGGGACACGCUGAAGCGGGGCUCGCAGAUUUCGCUGUAUCUGAAGGAGGAGGCGCGCGACUUCCUGGAGGAGGACACGGUGAAGCAGCUGAUCAAGAAGUACUCGCAGUUCAUCAACUUCCCCAUCUACAUGUGGACCAGCAAGACGGUGGAGGAGGAGGUGCCGCUGGAGGAGGAGGCCAAGGAGGAGGCGGAGAAGAAGGAGGACGAGGUGGAUGAGGACGCGCAGGUGGAGGAGGAGGCGGAGGAGGACAAGCCCAAGACGAAGAAGGUGUCCAAGACGGUGUGGGAUUGGGAGAUCAUGAACGACAGCAAGCCCAUCUGGACCAGGAAGCCGGCCGAGGUGACGCAGGAUGAGUACACGGAGUUCUACAAGAGCCUGACGAAGGACACCAGCGAUCCACUCACGAGCACCCACUUCGUGGCCGAGGGCGAGGUGACGUUCAAGUCCCUCCUGUUCAUCCCCAAGGCGCAGCCGUCGGAGAGCUUCAAUCGCUACGGCACCAAGUCGGACAACAUCAAGCUCUACGUGCGCCGCGUGUUCAUCACGGACGAGUUCAACGACAUGAUGCCGAGCUAUCUGAACUUCAUCCGCGGCGUGGUGGAUUCCGAUGAUCUGCCGCUCAAUGUGUCUCGCGAGACGCUGCAGCAGCACAAGCUGAUCAAGGUGAUCAAGAAGAAGCUGGUGCGCAAGGCGCUGGACAUGAUCAAGAAGAUCGACAAGGCGGAAUACGAGAAGUUCUGGGCGGAGUUCUCCACCAACAUCAAGCUGGGCGUCAUGGAGGAUCCCAGCAAUCGCUCGCGCCUGGCCAAGCUGCUCAGGUUCCAGUCGUCGCACACCAAGGGCAAGGAGCACACCGGCCUGGCCGACUACGUGUCGCGCAUGAAGCCGAAGCAGGAGCACAUCUUCUUCAUCGCCGGCCCUGGACGCACCGAGGUGGAGAAGUCGCCCUUCGUGGAGCGUCUGCUGGCGCGCGGCUACGAAGUCCUGUACCUCACUGAGGCCGUGGACGAGUACUCGAUCUCCGCACUGCCCGAAUUCGAUGGCAAGAAGUUCCAGAAUGCCGCUCGCGAGGGCUUCACGCUCGCGGACUCUGAGGAGUCCAAGACGAAGUUCGAGGAGCUGAAGAAGUCCUUCGAGCCGCUCGUGAAGUGGCUGAACGACGUGGCGCUGAAGGACGACAUCGCCAGGGCGCAGAUCUCCGAGCGACUGAGCAACUCGCCGUGCGCGCUCGUGGCCAACAUGUACGGCUGGACGGGCAACAUGGAGCGCCUGGCCAUGUCCAAUGCUCACCAGAAGGCCGACGACCCGCAGCGGUCGUACUACCUCAGCCAGAAGAAGAUCCUGGAGGUCAAUCCGCGCCAUCCGCUCAUCCGCGAGCUGCUGCGCCGCGUCGAGGGCGACGCCGAGGAUCCGCUGGCCAAGGAGAUGGCCGUGAUGAUGUUCCGCACGGCCACGCUGCGCUCCGGCUUCAUGCUGCGCGAGACCUCAGGCUUCGCCGACACCAUUGAGCGGAUGAUGCGCCAGACGCUGGGCAUCGAUCCCGACGAGCAGCCCGAGGAGGAGGAGUUCGCGGAGGAGGAAGAGUCAAAAGACAGCCAGGAUGGCGAUGAUUCCAGUGAAGAGCCAGAAGAAAUUGACGCCGAUCAUGACGAGCUCUAGAUUUAGUGGGAAUUCCACGACACUCGCGGAAGUGUUGAGAAGCGACUGAUUGAUUAUUUUGUAGGUUUAUCAGAGAGCAUUUCAUUUUCCUUGAAAGAAAAAAAAACAAAGCGAUAAUGCCGCGAUUACACAAUUGUGAAACUUAAGUUUCAACGCAGUUUUCUAUGAAAAAUCCCCGUAUUAGAAAAGAAAAACAUUCACCGAAGGAUUUGUGUGAAACUUUGCCAGCGAGUUCAAUAAGAUUUUUCAUAUAAAUGUAUUGUAUUUAAAAAAAGAAAAAAGGAAAACAAGCGCUAGGAGAGAAAUAAAUGUGGAUUUAAAUAA